CAAUGGAUACAGGAGAGUUGCCGGUCGACCAAGAACUACUACCCGAUAGUUUGGAGUGCUCCCUGGAUUAUUCUGUGUCGUCUCUGUCUAUGCUAUCCGUGGGUCUGAAACAGUCGAGUUCGAAGGACCGAGAGCACCAAGAACGACGAGAGGGUGUCCACGCUCAGUGUUCGCUCCUGGCUGAGAACUGAACUACCGAGAAGGCAGCGAGGAGAAGAAGGUUGAGCACACAGAGCGAGAGAUUCUCGUGCUUGCUCCAUGAGUCCGUCCAUCCAUCUAUCCAACAACAACCCAGGUAGCAAGCCAGCCAAGAUCAGAGAUGAGUUUUUCCCCAAUGUGAGAGCUUUGUUCGGUCUUGAUUCUCCAUCAAGAUGGGGGAGGAGGAGCAGGGGUUUUGUUUCCCCCAGACCAUAAAUCCAUUCAGUAGUAGUAAUAAGGAGAACAAGGCCAAGGUGAAGGCUGAGCACGAGGACCACCAUCAAGCCUGCCAAUUCAGUGUCAUCGAGGAUCCGCUCACCGGAGAGACUUAUGAGAAAGGUCGACUCCUAGGCAAAGGUGGGUUCGCUCUGGUCUACGAAGUUUUUAGUACCGGUUCCAAAAGUCAAUUCGCUGACAAAGUGAUCAAGAAAAGCGUGAUCCUCAAGAAGAAGACCACACUGGAAAAGGUCCGACGAGAGAUUGCAAUUCAUCAACAGAUGAAUCACGUUAAUGUGGUCCAGUUCCACAAGCAUUUCGAAGACCUUCAUCACAUUCACAUCGUGAUGGAAUAUUGUGCCAAGAAGUCGUUGCUCCACGUCAUGAAGUACCAGAAACGCUUCACAGAGGCUGCCACCCGCGGCUACUUGAACCAGAUCUGCUUGGGGGUGCAGUACAUUCAUUCCGUGGGCAUCCUCCAUCGAGAUCUCAAGCUCGGCAACAUGUUCCUCACCGACGACGAUAUCGUCAAGAUUGGGGAUUUCGGCCUGGCCACCCAUGUGGAUGACGUCACGUCAUCCACCCUUUGUGGAACGCCAAAUUAUAUCGCCCCGGAAGUCUUGUUAAAGAAAGACCACGGGGUGGAGGCCGAUAUUUGGGCCAUGGGCUGCAUGACUUACGCCAUGCUGGUGGGCAAGCCUCCGUUUGAGACGAGCUCCUUGGACUCGACCUACAACAAGAUCGCCACCAAUGACUUCACUCUCCCGGAAUUCAUGUCGGAUUCCGCCCGAUCUUUCAUUUGCCAGCUUUUGGACCCCGAGCCCAAACGGAGAGGCAAUCUCAAUCCCCUGCCCAAUGGCAGCAAUUUGCUCAAUCACACUUUUCUCACUACUGAUCUCAGCCGGAAACGCGAUGAACGUCGGUUGCCCUUCAAGCCCUUGGUUCAGCCUAAUGGGCGUGUCUGCAACCCAGCUCACGUGGUACAGGCCCUUAUCGGGAAGAUCUCCAAAUCUCUGCAGAGUGAUAAGUUGCAGCAGCCAUCAUCCUCCCCCAUAGACAUCCGAACCGCUCAUUUCCGGGGUCCCAUUGUGUCCAAAUGGAUCGACUACUCGAACAAAUACGGCUUCGGCUACGAGCUCUCAAAUAAGUCCAUUGGGAUCCUGUUCAAUGACGGCAACUCGGUCGUGAAGAACCCCGUGGACGAGGCCUAUCUAGUUCGGAGUAACGGCGCUAAUGACAACCAAGAAUCCCACAUGACUCAUCAAAGCAAUGGUCAUCGACCACAAAACAAAGACUUCACGGAGUACGUGAAACUCCUGCAUCACUUCUCACGUUACAUGGAGGACAAUCUAGCCGACGGGACGAAUCACGCCUCCCCCUCCCAGAGCAAAGACCACCACACCCACCUUCUCAAAUGGACCCGCUCGAAAUCAAGCGUGGUCAUGGUGCUAAGUAAUCAUGCCAUUCAAAUCAACUUCUUGACCACGCACGAGAAGAUCCAUUUCAGUCUGGGCGAAAAAGACGUGGUGGUGUCCAUCCCCAGUUUGGAGAGGGAGACAGGGAUUCCCGCCUACUACCUCAGUACUCUGCCCAAAGUGUUCAAUGACCUUCUGUUUCAAUGCCAGACUCAACUCAUGUUAUUGACCUAGGGAAGUGAUCCUGUUUUACUGUAUUAGGAAUGAUCUUAUUAGCUGGAGGAGUAAGAUUCCAGAUUCCAUCCAAGUAAGGCUGUUUUAGUGUCAUACAACAGAAUUGACUAUCAUUGAUUAACGUGAAUGCUUGUUCGAUUUGCCAAUAAGAAUAACCAUUAGAACUUUCUAA